GUGGAGGAGCUCCUGCCUAGCAAGCUUGAUCAGUAUUUCCGCUACAGUGGUUCCCUGACCACGCCGCCAUGCUUCCAGAGUGUCACCUGGACUGUCUUCUACAACCCAGUCCAGAUCUCACAGUCUCAGAUGGAUAAACUGCGCAGGACACUUCAUUCUACUCCAAUCAGCCGUCCUCCGGAAGUCCUACAGAAAAACGUCCGGGACAUUCAACCAGUGAACAAGAGAACAGUGUACUCCUCCUUUGUAAUAGAGAAAGGGUUGUCUUCAGGUGUCAUUGUGGCCAUCAUGUUUGGAGUUCUCGGAGGGAUGCUGCUCAUCUCCAUAGCUCUGUACUUUAUCAUCAUGGUGAUCAAGAGACCUAUUGCGCACAUAGGAAAAGCCUAA